GCGAUCUGCCCAGUCUGACACACACACACACACACGCGCGCGCGCACACACACGCUCCCAGCGCCAGAGACGGGCAGCAGCUCCGUUACCUCCACAGCAUCCACACCUCCUUCUGUCAGCUUCUGUCUGGAGCCCCGCUCCCAGGAUCGCCUUCGCUGGAGGAGAGAAGACACUGCUAAGUGGCUCUGGAGACGCGAGGCGCCCGCGACUGCUUUCCAAACUCCGUGUGAUGGCGGUGGGUGGGCUUGUUUAGGUGGAUUUUGGACUCUUUGGGGGUAAACACGCGAGGAAACUGGUCUACCCGUCCAAAGCCAUGGACGCGCACAAACUCCCCGCAGCUGCUGCUGCGCUCUUAGCGGUGCUGCUGCUCUCUGUGUCCAGCUGGGUCUCCUCCGUCCAGUUCCCCGACUCGCAUCAGGCUCAGGCAUGGGCGAAGCACAUACAGGAUGACCUCGUGGAGCUGAUUAACGCUGAGAGUGGCAUGGAGCACCUCGUUAAGACUUUCCAUGAUCUUAAGGAGCGCUACAGUGUGGAAGAGAACAACGCUCAUCAGCUGGUGGCCAAUGCUGCCCUCAACAUUGAAAAUCUGCUGGCCAACCGCUCCAAGGCUUUAAAGAUCCUGGCUAAAAAAGCUGAAGAUUUACAGAUGGAGCACGAGUGGAGAGAUAACAUAAGUGAGGAGGAUAUCAAUAAAUAUUACAAUGCAAAAUAUGAGCUCAACUCGUCUAACCCCGACCUUGUAAAAAGACAAAUCUUCCCGGAAUUCAAAGAAGACCCGGUCUUUAAGCGCCUCGUAUCGUACAACUCCACAGCUGUUCAUAUCCCCACAGACAUCUAUGAAGGCUCCACUAUAGUUCUGAAUGAGCUGUCCUGGACGCAAGCACUGGAUGAGACGUUUAAGAAAAAUAAGGAGGAGGACCCCUCACUGCUGUGGCAGGUGUUCGGCAGCGCUACCGGACUGGCCAGAUACUUCCCAGCCUCCCCAUGGAUGGACACUAGGAAAACUCCAAAUAAAAUCGACCUGUAUGAUGUACGGAGGAGGCCGUGGUACAUUCAAGGUGCAGCUUCACCAAAGGACAUGCUGAUCUUGGUGGAUGCGAGUGGGAGCGUGUCUGGAUUGACGCUAAAGUUAAUCCGCACUUCUGUAAGCGAGAUGCUGGAGACACUCUCUGAUGAUGAUUACGUCAAUGUAGUUUCUUUCAGCGCUGAGGCCCAACCAGUGGCCUGCUUCAAUAACCUCGUCCAGGCCAACGUUCGCAACAAGAAGAUCCUAAAGAAAGCAGUGCAGAACAUCACAGCCAACGGCACCACCGACUACAAGAAAGGCUUCAGGAUGGCCUUCGAUCAGCUCUCUUUGUUGAAUGUGUCCAGGGCAAACUGCAAUAAAAUCAUCAUGCUCUUUACGGAUGGAGGAGAAGAUAGAGCGUCUGAGAUCUUCGAUGAGUUCAAUCGUGAUCGCAAGGUCCGCAUCUUCACUUUCUCUGUGGGCCAACACAAUUAUGAUAAGGGACCUAUCAAGUGGAUGGCCUGCUCAAAUAAAGGCUAUUACUAUGAGAUUCCAUCUAUCGGAGCGAUCAGGAUCAACACACAGGAGUACCUGGAUGUGUUAGGCAGACCUAUGGUGAAAGCGGAUGAGGAUGCCAAGAAGGUGCAGUGGACCAAUGUCUACCAGGAUGCGCUGGAGCUUGGCCUGGUCAUCACAGGAACGCUGCCAGUGUUUAACAAGACUGGCAAGACAAGCAGCAGGGACAAGAACAAGCCGGGUAGUGAAAAUCAGCUGAUCCUGGGCGUGAUGGCCAUCGAUGUGUCUCUGGAUGACAUUAAGAGACUGACUCCCCGCUUCACUCUCGGCCCCAAUGGAUAUUACUUUGCCAUCGACCCGAAUGGAUACGUGCUGCUUCAUCCCAACCUUCUGCCAGAGAACACAAGGUUUGAAGAGCCGGUGACCUUAGACUUUUUGGAUGCGGAGUUGGAGAACGAGAACAAAGUGGAGAUUAGAAGGAUGAUGAUAGAUAAGGGAAACGGCAGUCGGUCCUUCUACACACUGGUGAAGUCCCAAGAUGAGCGUUACAUAGACAAGGGCCAGAGAACAUACACUUGGGCUCCAGUCAAUGAAGCAGAUUACAGCCUUGCCUUAGUGCUCCCUGAAUACAGUGUUCACUACAUCCAGCCCAGGAUUGGAGACACCAUCACCCAGGCCAAAUACUGGAGACCCUUCGAUCAUUCUGAGGACAAUGUCUCUGAAAGCCUACAGGUGGAUAAGUUUGACGAGUACGGAUAUACCUUCAUCGCUCCCAGAGAGUACUGCAAGGACCUGAAGCCGCAGAGUAGCAACAACACAGAGUUCCUGAUCGAGUUCAACGAGUACAUUGACAGGAAGACGCCCAACCAUCCGCUGUGCAACGUGGAUCUGGUAAACCGGUUGCUGCUGGACGCUGGCAUUACAUCUGAAAUGGUGAAGCACUGGCGUACACAGGACUUGAGUGAACGAAUCAGCGCUAGGUUUGUGGCCACAGAUGGAGGCAUUACCAGAGUCUAUCCCAAGAGUGCUGGUCUAGACUGGAAUGAGGAACCAGAGACAUAUGAGUCCAGUUUCUACAAGAGGAGCCUGGAUAAUAACAUUUACAUCUUUACACCACCCUUACCAGACAAUAACAGCCGUGCAGGUGAGACCAUUUUAGUGAGCAAAGCGGUGAAUCUUAGCAUAAAUGGAGUGACGCUUAAACCAGCAGUGGUUGGUGUAAAACUGGACAUCACUAAUUGGAUGGAAAGCUUCACAAAUGCUACAGAGAAGUCUAAUUGUAAUGAUGAGAUAUGUGGCUGCAAAAGAAAUGAUCAGAAUGUUGACUGCGUGCUCCUAGAUAACGGGGGAUUCUUAGUCAUGGCCAAUCAGGAUCAUUAUAUUGAUAAGAUCGGCCAGUUCUUUGGUGUGAUUGACCCCAUUCUGAUGAUCAACUUGCUGAAUGAGUCUCUGUUCUCCUUCAACAAAACCUACGACUACCAGUCGGUCUGUUACCCCGUCAAAGAAAACAGAUCGUCCGCAGGCCUCAGAUCAGUAUAUGUGCCGACCAUAGCAGAUAUACUGAAUGUGGGCUGGUGGGCCUCUGCAGCAGCCUGGUCAAUACUGCAGCAGCUGUUUGUUAGCAUAACGUUCCCUAAUUUCCUGGAAGCAGCGGAGCCAGAUGACGACGUCUUGGAGAAAGAAAGCUGCAUCACUGAACAGACUCAGUACUUCUUUGCAAACAAUGAGACAAGCUUCAAGGGAAACAUGGAGUGCGCCAACUGCUCCAGGCAGUUCAUUGCUGAGAAGCUAUGGAAGACCAAUCUGGUGCUAAUUAUUGCAGAUGCUAAGGAGAGCUGCAAGACAUGUGAUGUAAAGCCACUCAUCCAGGCUGAGCAGCCCUCUUCAGGUCCAGACCCCUGCGUUAUAGCCAACAACCCGCGGUACCGGAAAGGUCCAGUUGAGUGCUUUGACGACAAUGAAAGUGAACAGGAUGUGGACUGUGGUGGGGCGUCCGGUCUGAGUCCACCCGUUUGGCUCAUGGCCAUCUUUCAGCUGCUGUUGCUCUGGCGCCUGAGUGGACUAGGAUGCUGCCCAUCGUGACCUCAGCCUAGAGACGCCCCCCCCCCCUUUGAUGACGCCAAAAUCCUCGACCGAAUUCUGCCACACAAGUGUUUUUUAUUCGAAUCCUGGGCACCAACGUGCCUGGUUACGACGAGGAAGCCUUCGACCCAGGAAGCAAAGACUGAUGAAAUGUUUGCUCAUUGCCUAGAAGUCACGGUGGGUCAGCAGAUGAUAAAUGAGCUAAGACCUUCGUCCUUUGACCUCCGAGGCCAGUCUUGGCCCACGUGGGCAACAGGGUGGACAGCCUUACCUUUACCCCAGCAAAACAGAGAUCCUCUACCCGUGUCCACCUACACCAGUCAUGACUGAUAUCAUCACUGCCAAAUACAGUGCUCUCUCCUCUGCCUGUCUGUUGUGUCAGUUUUAUAACACCUGUUCCUUUUCUUUGGUUUUCUUGAGCAUCUCAUAGAGGUUAGGUUCUCAGUAUUAUUAAGUGUUAGUGUUUUGCCUUCAUGGGCUCAGGUUUUUUAGUUUUAAAGUCCAUAGAAUUAUAAAUUUUGACCAUCUGGUUGGACUGUAGAGUAAACUGGGUCCAUGUCCAUUUCGGAAAAGGUUGCUGAAAAAAGCGAUCGAAACACUGAGGUCCCAGAAUAGGCCUUUGAGGAAGUGUCAUCAUUUUGCAGUUUGCCAUUAGCAUCUGGACAAGUCCCGGGUCAGAACUGUUUCUUUCUGUUUAGAAAAAUAAAUGACGUUUCUUGGAAAAUCCCUCUGAUGCUCUGUGGUUAGCCGAAGAGUCCAAAGCCUAUAUAUUUAAUCCUUCAUAGAUUUGCCCCCAAAUGUCACUGCGUGAUUUGAAUUAUGAGGUUGUCAAAGCGUCUUUAUAAUCCAGUGAAUAUGAUUCAAUUUAGUUUGAUGUGAAAUGGUACACUGUAGAGAAACUUGCCAGUUUUGGAUGUCUGAACAAUGGUGGUGAUAGGAAAUGGGUAAAGAUGAUAAAAGCAUAAAUAUAACAGUUCAGUUUAUUAUACAAAACCACUGAAUCUAUAAACUCUUAGAAAAAAGGUAUGAAACUAACUGGGGCAGUACCCCUAUUGUCACUGUGGUGGAACCCUCAAGGGUACAUCUCGGUAUCUUUUGUCAGGGAACAUAAUUGUACCAUAAUCCAUUGAAAUUGGAGUUGUAUUGAUUCCUCAUACUCCCUCUCGUCUCAUUUUAAAUGAGCAGGUUUGGAAAAGGUGGAAAUACAUACUUUUCAACCGGAAAAACGCUUCACAAUUGGACUUUAAAACCACUGCUGUACCUUUGAGGGCACAUUUACAUUGUUUGUACCUUGAUGAAUGAAAAACGUACCUGCACAUCACCUUUAUUUCUAACAGCGUACCUGACUCCUAAGUUUUUAUGUUGACUAUAGUAAAAUGGUAGCAAAACCGAAUAGAAAAAAAGUCUAAAAUGUUAAACUCAUCAGAUGUCUGGUUCCUAUCACCACCACUGUGAACCAUUCUGACUGUAUGUUUCUCUAGAAUGGAGGAUUUCACAUCAAACCACUCUGAGUGACUUUGUUUACAUAUUAAUUAUAUAAUUAAGCAAUUGGCAGAAUUCCCCGUUAAGAAGUCUGUGUAUAUGUGCAAACAUUCCUAUGUGUUUAAUAGACAUCAAUACCAAAAAUGCCAAAAAACCCAAACCAGCAAACGUCAUCAAGCGUAGUAGUUCUGUGUCUUUGUCAGUAACAGGCUACAGUUUGAGUAACUGGUGUUGUUAUAUAAUAGUGCUGAUUUUAGCCUGACUUUCAUGUAACUUGGUGAUGUCAGUUCAAUGCACAAGAGUGUGUUAACUUGCUUCUAGUAUAUAUGACCUCACAAUUCAGAGGACUCGGCCAUAUGUGGGGGGAAUAUGUACAACUUUUCUGUUCAUCACAGCAGCUGUUUUCAAAAAGGCUGUUCAUUUAUCCCCAUAGAGAAAAAUGGCAAGACCCAGAGUCCUUAUUUGGACGUCACUGACUGCAAAAUGGCACAUGACCUCAGGGGUCUAUUCCCUAGUGAUGUCCACCUCAGUGCCUGUGGAUUCUCCUGUUUUUAACCAGUAGCUCAUUGCUAUAUCCUCCAUCACUCUAGUCAUGGCUGUUCUGUAGGCCCUCUACUCCACGGCCCUGGAACGGUUUACAUCCACCCACUGUGCAUUAAUAAGUGCACCUGCCAAAAAAUAGCUCCUCGUCCGCCCCCUCUACGCGUGGGCUUGCCAUGUAGUUUGUCCACUUUUUUAUCUUGGCGGCUUAUUGGCUCCGAAUGAAAGGCUUGAGGUGUUUAACUCUGUGCGAUGGGAAUAGCUACACUUAUUUUUAAUUAAUGAGGAAGGGUGUUGUUGCAUGUGAGUGAGUUUAGCUGUUUAUUUAAGCAAAAAAGUGGAAGAGAAAAAGUUUUUGUGCUUGCUACUGUAUCUUUACGUGUGAUGCUCAUUUUUGAUCAGAAGAGGUUUUUGUGGAUCAUCAUCCAUACGAUCAUCCUUUCCAAACUUGCUGAACCCAUCAAAAGCAAUGUUUAUUGAUUCGACAGGAAGCUAUAUGAUACGAGAACUGCUCUUCCAGGGUGUAUUUUCAUUUAUCCCUGUCCUUUGGGUUGAAGAUGUCUCCUGAUCUAAACCGUUUUGUCUGCUGUGUGCCUUGAUGUGUUCACACCUUUUGAAAUGGUGGAAAGGUAUUUCUGAGAGGCUCUGGUUUCAUUGUUUACUAAUACAGUUGCGUAAUGUUAUGCAAUGGAGCCCAGCCCUGGAAACCCACUGCGCUGUUUAGUGUUUUGCACCAUCCCUAACCCAACACACCUGCCUCUAAUAUUCACAUGCUUAGAAGACCUCGAUUAAGUGGGCUGAGGUAGAGUCCCUUACAUUAUGAUUUUUUUUUUUUAAGAAAAAUGCAUGAUUGGUCAUAACAGAUAACAGCCACUUCAGAUUCUUUAAAGCAUACACACUUAUACGCAGAUGAUGUACGUAAAACAGAGGACAUUGCAUAGAAUCACCAGUAGCAUACAUGAAAAUAUUAUAACUUCAUGGUAACUAACAUCACGAGCCAAGUUGUUUUCUAUGUAAUUACUGUGCAAUGUGACCAGCUUCUAGUCAUUUCAGUGGAGGCAGGUUACAAUAUGUAGUCUGACCACUGGGAUUCUGAUUUAGUACUAAAUCUAAAUAUUCUGGCUGGAAAACUGCCAACCUUUAAGAGAUCUUGCACUGAAAAUAGUAAUGCAUAGUAAUUACCAGGUUUAAAAGCAUGCAUCAUUUCCACAUGAAUACGAUAUAGUACAUCACCACAAGUAAGCAAACUGAAGAAUGUAUUUUAUCUAUGUGGAAAUGAUGCACAUUUGAACUCACUAUAUCCAUGGCAUUACUUUUUCCAAUGAAACUAGAUCUGUGUGCCUCGAAGAACAUAGGACCAAACUCUGGAAUCCAUGAGGUAAUCCCAAAAAACAGGAGUAAAAACCAUAAACAAAGGCAGUUUAGCAAGAUUACUGUUUAUUGUGUGCAUGUUUCUUACAAAUGACAAUCUGUAGCAAGCCACUGGAUAAUUCACAGUUCAGUUGUUGCCUUUUCUUUGGGUUUGUGUUUUUCAGCAGGGAAGGGAAGCACUAGAUGCCCUGCUGUUGUAUUUUAUACUUUAUGUAAUAGUACUUGGAUUGGAAUACAUGCAGUCUGAGCUGAGACGCCUGUGUCAUGUGGACAUUCAGGGUGUUCUUGGCAAAAUGUUAUAUUUGCGUCAUUGUCAGACCUGAUUUUGGCCUCUUAAUUGGCCGUGAUGGAAGUUUGAGUUGGCAACGUUGAUUGCCUUGAUUAAUUUGGUUAGAAAGUCACUGAUGAUGUUCAUAGGAAUUCAGCAGAAACAGGCUUUGAAAUCCUUCUGGUAGCGUCAGGAGCUUUUGAGGCACCGUUUCCUGUGGUCAGUGGAAGAUGUGUUGUUAAUGUGGCGUGCACUAGAUUGAGCAAUGUGGCAUUGCCAUCGAUGACUGCACUGUAAUUAGGCAUGCCUUUUUGAGUCAUGCUGCGUAAAUCCAAGUUUUCCAUUCUCCUGUGUUAUCUUUUGAGAGUUAUGGCGAGAUAAGUUUGGUUACAUGAGUGCUGAGAACUAUUCAGUACUUUGUUAGUAGAAUUACAGGAUUCCAAAAAAGGGAAAUGUGGGAAACUGUAGUAAAAGAACAGAAUGUCAGUUUUUCAGAUAUUCAGUUUUUUUUCUAAAUGCAGGGAAGUCUGUAGUAAAUCAGCCGGGCAAGACAGUGAGAUUAGGUUGAAAAGCGCUGGGAGUAUUCCAUUAAGCAACCACCUGUUUGUUUUUAAGGAACAGACGAUGCUUCUCUAAAAACUGUUCUGGCACCUUUAAUAAUAUUUGUAUGCUUAUUGUUUUCAUUCUUUAUUAUCCAGACUAUGAUUAUGUGGGAUCAUUGCAUCAGACAAUUGUUACAAUACAACUCAAACCAGCCCUUGUACCAUAUCGGUGACUGACUAACAGUUAAAUUAAGAGAUUCAAAAAUCAAGAUUCCAUAUAAAUUUGUUUUGUCAAUGUUAUGUGUCAAGAUCCUAAUAUAAUAAAGCAUCGACUCUUCA